AUGGCUGAGAAGCAUGCACUAUUUGAAAAUUUCCUGAGCUGCCAUGUGUGUUCAGAGACGUUCAGAGAUCCUGUGUCUCUGAGCUGCAACCACAGCUUCUGUUCAAGCUGCCUGCAGAAAUUCUGGGAACAAGCUAAAAACACAAAUUGUCCUAUUUGUAAAAGAAAGUCUUCGAACGCAAAGCCAGGGGUGAACUUUGCUCUCAAAGAACUUGCUGACGCUUUUGUUGGAAGAUAUAAAAGUGGAUCAUCUGAGACACUAAAAGAAAAGAAGGUGUUGGAACUGGUUUGUAAUAAACAUCAAAAAGAAUCUAAACUGUUCUGUGUGGACGAGGAGAGAGCUGUGUGUCCUGUGUGUGACUUUUCUCACCACCAGAGUCACAAAGUGGUUCCUGUAGAAGAAGCAGUCAGUGACCUGAAGGAGCAGCUGAAAUCUGACUUAAAGUCUCUGCAGGACAAGAGGAACAAAUACAAACAAGUGGAGCAAACAUACAAUCAAAUGAGUGAACACAUGAAGAAGCAGCUGUUGUCCACAGAGAGGCAGAUCAGAGGAGAGUUCAACAAGCUCCAGCAGUUCCUGAAAGAGGAGGAGGAGUCCAGACUGGCAGCUCUGAGGGAGGAAGAGGAGCAGAAGGGGAGGACUAUCAGCAGAGAGAUGAAGAUGAUUGAGGAGCAGAUCUCCUCUCUGUCAGACAGCAUCUCUGCUGUUGAAGAAGAGCUGCAGAAACACAGCGUGCCAUUCCUCAGCAGUUAUAAAGACACUCAGAGCAGAGCCAGAGCCCAGAGCUCAGUGUCAGAUCCACAGCUGGUCUCAGGAGCACUGAUAGAUGUGGCCAAACACCUGGGCAACCUGUCCUUCAGAGUGUGGGAGAAGAUGAAGGAGAAGGUCCACUUCAGUCCUGUCAUUCUGGACCCAAACACUGCAAACCCCCGUCUCUAUCUGUCUGAUGAUCUGACCAGCGUGAGAUGUGGAGACACAAAGCAGCAUCUUCCUGAUAAUCCAGAGAGAUACUCUAAUUAUCCUGAAGUUUUUGGCUCUGAGAGCUUCAGCUCAGGGAAACAUAGCUGGGAGGUGGAGGUGGGAGACCAUCCUUGCUGGUUUUUAGGUGUAAUUAAAGAAUCAUCAGCUGAUAAGAAUGAACCUUUUGCUUCACCAGAAUUUGGAAUCUGGUGUUUAGAGCAUCAAACUGGAGAAUACACUAAUGGUGAUGGUCAGACUCUCACACUAAAGAAGAAGAAGAAGAGUCUCCAGAGGAUCAGAGUCCAGCUGGACUAUGACAGGGGGGAGGUGUCCUUCUAUGACCCUGAAGACAUGACUCACAUCUACACUCACAGAGACACUUUCACUGAGAAACUCUUCCCAUAUUUUUAUAUUGGAACGGCAGGAGACGCCAAAACCUCUGAUAUCAAAAUCUGUCAGACUCAUAUAUAA